AUGGACCAUGAAGAUCAAAUUGAGAAGAUUCUCGCUGGUCUUCCUGAAGAUUACAAACCGGUGAUUGAUCAGAUUGAGAGCAAAGAUUCUCCCCCUACCAUAACCGAAGUUCAUGAACGUCUCCGCAAUCGCGAAGUCACUCUCCGUGCUGCUGCCACCACUACCCCAUUUCCGACCUCUGCUAAUACUGUUCAGUACCACCGUAGAGGUGACUAUAACAACAACAAUACUCACAACAACAACUCUCGCAACAACACUCGUUCCUCGUCGUCAUCUUUCCGCUCCAACAACAACAACCACAACAACAACAACAAUUGGCAAGGUAACACCAACAACAACACAACUCGCUCAUUCAGGCCCUAUCUCGGCAAGUGCCAAAUCUGUCACACACAGGGACACAGUGCCCGCCGUUGUCCACAACUCCACUCCAUUCAAGCCUCAACUCCACGCAACAACAGCCCAUUUACUCCUUGGCAGCCACGCGCAAACAUGGUGGCUAACAUGUCCUCACCAGCAAUCUUGGAUAGUGGUGCCACUCACCACAUCAUCUCUGAUCUCAACAACCUUACCAUCCAUCAACCAUACAAUGGUGGUGAUGAUCUCACCAUAGCUGAUGGCUCCACACUGCCCAUUACUCAUACGGGUUUAGCGCUACUUCCAACUCAAACUCGCACUCUCAAAUUAGAUAAAAUACUUUGUGUUCCUAAUAUACACAAGNGGAAGCGUCAAGAUCGUCUCCUCUUUAGUGCUCUCUUGGGUGCUAUGGCCACUUCUGUUCAACCGUUGGUGUCCCGUGCUACCACUACUGCUGAUGCAUGGGCAACUCUUGCUGAUACGUUCGCCAAAGCUAGCCGCAGUCAUUUUAAACAAAUCAAAGAUCAGAUGAAGUUCUAG